CGCUCCACAACCUCCAAAGCACCACCACAGCACGCUGCCUCUCCUGACCCUCUGCAAACACUCAUCGAAGCACAUCCAAGCACCACAGCUGUGCCAGCCACGAGCACAUUGUUUGUCGAGCACCAGCAAAGAAGAUGAGCUCAGCGAAGAUCGACAAGACGAAGCACAAGGUGCUUCUUAUGGGCCGGAGCGGUUCCGGCAAGACGUCCAUGCGCACCAUCAUCUUCGCCGACAACCCCAACGUGGGCGUGCGGAAGAUGACACCCACAAAGGAAGCAGAGCAGGUCCACUUGGAGUUCAUGGGCAACCUGUACCUCAACCUCUGGGAUUGUGGCGGUCAGAGCGCAUUCAUGAACCAGUACUUCAGCUCACAGAAUGAGCAAAUCUUCCGCAACGUGGCGGUACUGAUCUACGUCGUUGAUGCCAAAGCGAUUUCCACGGACAAGAAGAGCGAGGAGGAGGACAGGACGUGGUUUGAAAUGUGCAUCAAAUCCCUCAAACAGCACUCGCCAAGUGCAAAGACGUUUGUGCUCCUGCACAAGAUGGAUCUCGUCUCAAACUUUGAGCAGCCGAACGUUGUGCGGGGCACGGUGGACAUGCUGCAGGAGCUUGCGGGCGACCACGAGCUGACGUGCUUCCAGUCGAGCAUCUGGGACGAGUCGCUGUACCAGGCGUGGUCCCGCAUCUGCACGUACCUCCUGCCGGGCGUCGAGGUGUAUCGGGAGAGCCUCAACUCGCUCAUCCACGCCAUCGGCGCACGCGAGGUUGUGCUGUUUGAGAGCCGGACGUUCCUGACGCUCGUGCGCGAAUCCCGCGAGGCGGAUCCCGCCGAGGACCAGCAGCGGUUUGAGCGCGUGAGCACCAUCCUCAAGCACUUCAAGAUCACCUGCUUGAAAAUGCAGACGUCGUUCCGGGAGAUGCAGAUUUGCAAUUCCGAGUUUUCUGCGUUUCUGUGGCCGUUCACGACGAGCACCGUCGCCCUCAUCAUCCACGACCGCCCAGACGAGGUUGAGAUGGUGCAGGCGAAUCUGCAGCUUGCGCGCGGGCACUUUGCGGAGCUGGAGGCGCAGGUGAUGAAGGUGCCGCUGCCCGGCGCACACAACUUUGACGACGACGACGACGAUGAGUACGACGAUGGGGAGAAUGGCGAGGAGGGCGCAGAGGGGAACAGCAGUGACGAUGAGUACGACGAUGCAAGGGACUGAGCGAGGAGGGAAGCAGUAGUAGGCGUGCGUGUUUGUGCGAAGUGUGCGUGUGUGUCUGAAGAUGGGUUGAAGGGCAAAGGGGUGAGGUUUAAAUGUUUGGUUGUGUGAGAGGGUUGGUUGCUUGCUCUCGAAGUGAAAGUUUGAGUUGAGUGUCUUUCAGUUGGUGCCGUUGCUGUUGGCUUGCGUGGUGGGUUUGUGUAUGGGUAGCUGGUGAGUGGUUGUCUCUCUUUUGUGUGUGAGUGUGUGUGGUUGUGUGUGUGGCGUUUUUGUGCAAUGUGCAAUAAGCCAAAGCAAGCAAGAUGGCAGAGGGAAGCCAGGGAAGUAAGGGAAGAGGAGAUGGUGAAGGAGGAGAGGUGCAGGGAGAGGAGGAGGGAACGUAC